GCUGCCUCCUCCCGCGCCGCUCGGACCUGCGGCCGCUGUCUCGCCGGGGGCCAGAGGACUUUCGGUACCCUCUGCUCAUCCUCUUGGUGCCGCCGAGGAAGGAGACGGAGGAACAGGGAGGACGAGAGCCACCAUGAAGCAAGGGUGAAAAAUCCUCUGGUGGGAAAACUCUGGGAAUAAGCAACUUCUCCAGGUUUGCUCAGGGGUCUCACGUUCAGCGCUUAGGAAAAAACUCAAAUAAAAGGAACCCAAAAAUAAAGGAGCAAAAUGAGGAAAUAUCGACAUUUGCCCUUUGGGGCGAUACUUUGCCUCCUCCUCUCAGGCUUUUGUCGGGUUGAUUCGCAGCAGCAAGCAGCUCAAGAGUCUGCUGACCUUAUUUUCCUUAUUGACGGAUCAAACAACAUCGGAAGUGUCAAUUUUCAAGCCAUACGUGAUUUCCUUGUAAAUUUGAUUGAAAGCCUCAGAGUUGGAGCUCAGCAGAUACGCAUUGGGGUGGUGCAGUAUAGUGAUCAACCCAGAACCGAGUUCGCUUUGAACAGCUACCCCACAAAAGCGGAUGUUCUGGCUGCAGUGAAGGCGCUUAGUUUCCGUGGUGGCGAGGAAGCUAACGUUGGUGCAGCACUGGAGUUUGUGGUGGAGAACCUCUUCACCCAGGCGGGAGGCAGCAGGAUAGAGGAAGCGGUGCCGCAGAUUUUAGUGCUGAUCAGUGGUGGAGAGUCUAGUGAUGAUAUCCGAGAGGGCUUGUUAGCGGUGAAGCAAGCUAGUAUAUUCUCAUUUAGCAUUGGGGUCCUGAAUGCUGACAGUGCAGAGCUGCAGCAGAUUGCUACUGACGGAAGCUUCGCAUUUACUGCCCUGGAUAUCCGUAACCUUGAUGCGCUUCAAGAAUUAUUACUGCCAAACAUUGUUGGAGUGGCCCAAAGACUCAUUUUGUUAGAGGCCCCAACCAUUGUUACCGAAGUUAUUGAAGUGAACAAGAAGGAUAUAGUCUUCCUGAUAGAUGGCUCGACAACUUUGGGCACUGCCCCCUUUAAUGUAAUCCGUGAUUUUGUUGCCAAAAUCGUCCAAAGGCUGGAGGUUGGACCCGACCUGAUUCAAGUGGCGGUGGCGCAGUAUGCUGACACUGUAAAGCCAGAGUUUUAUUUUAACACCCACCAGAACAGAAAGGAUGUGAUGGCUAAUGUGAGGAGAAUGAAGCUUAUGGGUGGUACGGCACUCAAUACAGGGUCGGCGCUGGACUUUGUUAGGACCAACUUCUUCACUAGCGCUGCUGGGUGCAGGAUGGAGGAAGGGGUACUUCCCAUGCUGGUGCUCAUCACUGGCGAUAAGUCUAGGGAUGCCGUUGACCAAGCCGCAGCAGAGAUGAAAAGGAACAGGAUAGUUAUCCUUGCCAUUGGGUCGAGAAACGCAGACAUGGCAGAACUGCAAGAAAUUGCCCAUGAGAGAGAUUUUGUUUUCAACCCAAACGACUUCCGCCUUCAGUUCAUGCAAGCCAUUCUUCCUGAAGUUCUGUCGCCUAUACGGACACUAUCUGGAGGAAUGAUUAUCCAAGAACCGCCACCAGUUCAAGUAACCAAAAGGGAUAUCAUCUUUCUUUUGGAUGGAUCACUCAACGUCGGAAAUGCCAACUUCCCCUUUGUGCGUGACUUUGUUGUGACCCUAGUUAACAACCUUGAUGUCGGAAGUGACAAAAUACGAGUUGGCUUAGUGCAAUUUAGCGACACUCCUAAAACUGAGUUCUUUCUGUACUCAUACCAAACCAAAUCAGACAUAAUUCAACGCUUGGGGCAGCUGAGGCCCAUGGGGGGGUCAGUGCUGAACACUGGCUCUGCACUGAACUUUGUGCUUUCGAAUCACUUCACUGAAGCUGGUGGGAGCAGAAUAAAUGAACAAGUGCCGCAGGUCCUAGUCCUGGUUACAGCAGGGAGCUCUGCUGAUCCGUUCUUGCAAGUUUCCAAUGACUUAGCUCGGGCCGGAGUGCUGACUUUUGCUGUCGGAGUUAGGAAUGCGGAUAAGGCAGAGCUUGAACAGAUUGCAUUUAAUCCAAGAAUGGUAUAUUUUAUGGAUGAUUUCAGUUCUCUGGCAGCUUUACCCCAGGAAUUAAAUAAGCCCAUAACAACCUAUGUUAGUGGAGGUGUGGAAGAGGUUCCACUCGCCCCAACAGAAAGCAAGAAAGAUAUUUUAUUCCUGAUUGAUGGUUCAGCCAACCUCUUGGGUAGCUUUCCUGCCGUCCGGGACUUUGUGCACAAAGUUAUUUCUGACCUGAACGUGGGUCCCGAUGCCACCCGAGUAGCAGUAGCUCAAUUCAGUGACACCAUCCAAGUUGAAUUUGACUUUACUGAACUCCCAUCUAAGCAAGACAUGCUUCUGAAAGUCAAAAGGAUGAAGAUAAAAACCGGAAAGCAACUGAACAUUGGUGCUGCACUAGAUGAAGUUAUACGAAGGUUGUUUGUGAAGGAAGCUGGGAGCAGGAUUGAGGAAGGGGUUCCUCAGUUUUUGGUGCUGCUUGCUGCUGGAAAAUCAACGGAUGAUGUGGAACAACCAUCAGAUGCACUGAAGCAAUCUGGAGUUGUGACCUUUGCUAUCAAAGCCAAAAACGCAGACCCCUCAGAGCUGGAGAGGAUAGUUUAUGCCCCGCAGUUCAUUCUGAACGUCGACUCCCUCCCCAAGAUUUCAGAGCUUCAGCCAAACAUAGUGAACCUAUUGAAAACUAUCCAGCUUCAGCCAACAGUCGUGGAGAGAAGUGAGAAGAAGGAUGUGGUGUUUCUAAUUGAUGGCUCGGAUGGUGUCAGAAGAGGUUUCCCUCUACUGAAGACCUUUGUCCAAAGAGUCAUUGAAAGCCUGGAUAUUGGCCGUGACAAGAUCCGUGUUGCCGUUGCGCAGUACAGCAAUGUCAUAAGACCCGAAUUCUUACUCGACGCCUAUGAAGACAAAGCGGAUUUAAUCAACGCCGUUCAGGGGCUGACGGUUAUGGGAGGGUCUCCUCUGAACACAGGAGCAGCCCUGGACUAUCUCAUCAAGAACGUGUUCACAGUGUCAAGCGGGAGCAGGAUAGCCGAGGGUGUCCCUCAGUUCCUGAUUCUGCUGACUGCUGACCGCUCCCAGGAUGAUGUGAGGAGGCCUUCCGUGGUCCUGAAGACGAGCGGCACAGUGCCCUUUGGCAUUGGAAUUGGAAAUGCUGACCUCACAGAGCUACAGACUAUUUCCUUCCUCCCAGAUUUUGCUAUUUCUGUGCCUGACUUCAACCAGCUGGAUUCAGUGCAGCAGGUUGUGUCCAACAGAGUCGUCCGACUAACCAAGAAAGAGAUAGAGUCACUAGCCCCUGACCUGGUUUUUACAUCACCCAGCCCAGCGGGUGUGAAGAGAGAUGUCGUGUUCCUCAUUGAUGGCUCCCGGUAUGCUGCCCAGGAGUUCUACCUGGUUCGUGAUUUAAUUGAGAGGAUAGUGAACAACCUGGACGUGGGCUUUGAUACCACCCGGAUUUCAGUGGUCCAGUUCAGCGAGCAUCCCCGUGUUGAGUUCCUGCUCAAUGCUCACUCCACCAAGGACGAGGUGCAAAGUGCCGUGAGACGACUGCGGCCACAGGGGGGCCAGCAGGUCAAUGUUGGGGAGGCCCUUGAAUUUGUGGCAAAAACUAUCUUCACUCGGCCCUCUGGGAGCCGCAUAGAGGAGGGCGUCCCUCAGUUUUUGGUCAUCCUCUCCUCCCGCAAGUCCGAUGACGACUUAGAAUACCCUUCACUCCAAGUCAAACAAGUCGGGGUGGCACCUCUGGUUGUUGUAAAGACUGUGGAUUCUGAGGAAAUGACACAGAUUUCCCUUACUCCUGAUUAUACAUUCCAAGUGUCUAGCUUCCAAGAAUUGCCCAGCCUUGAACAGAAGCUGCUGACCCCUAUUGAAACCCUCACUGAGGACCAAAUCCGACAGCUCCUGGGAGAUGUUCCAACCACCCCAGAUAUUUCUGGUGAUGAAAAGGAUAUAGUUUUCCUCAUUGAUAGCUCUGACAACGUUAGGUCUGAUGGGCUUGCCCACAUUCGGGAUUUCAUUGGCAGAAUUGUUCAGCAGCUCGAAGUUGGGCCAAAUAAAGUGAGAAUUGGAGUGGCACAGUUCAGCAAUAACGUGUCCCCCGAGUUCUACCUGAAAACCCACAAAACCAAAAAUACUGUCCUGCAAGCCAUCCGCCGCUUGAGGCUCAAAGGAGGAUCCCCCGUGAACGCCGGCAAAGCCCUAGACUACGUAGUGAAGAACUACUUCAUUAAGUCUGCAGGGAGCAGGAUAGAAGAUGGAGUGCCCCAGCAUCUAGUUGUCUUCCUCGGAGACAGGUCCCAGGAUGACGUGAACAGACCUGCUAACGUGAUCACCUCAACUAGCAUUAAACCCCUGGGUGUAGGAGCAAGGAAGGUAGACAGGGGUCAGCUGCAGGUCAUUACCAAUGAUCCUGGCCGCGUACUUGUAGUACAAGAUUUUACAGAACUCCCAACUUUAGAAAAGACGGUCCAGAAUAUCCUUGAAGAACUCCCCAUACCUACAACAGAAACCCCUGGGAUUUUAGGACCCGGUGGUAAAAAGCAGGCUGACAUUGUAUUCUUGCUAGAUGGCUCCAUUAAUUUAGGGAGAGAUGGUUUCCAAGAAGUUAUCCAGUUUGUGUAUUCAGUAGUGGACGCCAUUUAUGAGGAUGGCGAUUCCAUCCAGGUAGGACUGGCCCAGUACAACUCAGACGUCACUGAUGAAUUUUUCCUCAAGGACUACUCCACCAAGCCCCAGAUUUUAGAUGCCAUCAAUAAAGUGAUCUACAAAGGAGGUCGGGUGGCAAACACUGGUGCAGCCAUCAAGCAUCUCCAGGCAAAACACUUCGUGAAGGAAGCUGGCAGCAGAAUCGAUCAGAGGGUACCUCAGAUCGCCUUCAUCAUCACAGGAGGGAAACCUUCAGAUGACGGGCAGACCGCCUCCCUAGGAAUAGCGCAGAAAGGUGUCAAGGUAUUCGCAGUCGGCGUGAGAAACAUUGACCUGGAGGAAGUGAGCAAGCUGGCCAGCGAAAGUGCCACGAGUUUCAGAGCGGCGACAGCUCAGGAGCUGUCUGAGCUGAACGAGCAAGUUUUGGUUACACUGGCUGCCGCUAUGCAGGAGAAACUGUGCCCAGGAACGACAGAUGUUACAAGAGACUGCGACGUAGAUGUGAUACUUGGCUUCGAUGUCUCAGAUGUUGGGGCUGGGCAAAAUAUAUUCAAUUCCCAGAGAGGGCUGGAGUCCCGAGUAGAGUCUGUGCUGAACAGAAUAACCCAGAUGCAGAAGAUCAGCUGUACAGGGAGCCAGGCACCAAACGUAAGGGUGGCAAUCAUGGCCCAGGCUCGCGGGGGACCCAUUGAAGGGCUGGACUUCUCCGAGUACCAGCCAGAGCUGUUCGAGCGGUUUCAAGGCAUGCGCACCCGGGGACCCUAUUUCCUCACGGCAGACACUCUGAAAUCCUAUCAGAACAAGUUCAGCUCUGCCCCCUCUGGCAGCACCAAGGUGGUAAUCCACUUUACUGAUGGUGCUGAUGAUUCAAUGGAUCAGCUGGAGGCUGCUUCGGCUGCUUUGCAUAGAGAAGGUGUCAACGCUCUUGUCUUUGUUGGCCUGGACAGAGUGAAAAAUUUUGAUGAAGUGAUGCGAUUAGAGUUCGGACGGGGUUUCACCUACAACAGGCCUCUCAGAGUUAAUCUGCUGGACUUGGACUUUGAGUUGGCAGAACAACUUGACAACAUUGCAGAACGGACAUGCUGUGGGGUCCCAUGCAAAUGCUCUGGGCAGCGGGGAGACAGGGGAGUGCCAGGCCCCAUAGGACCAAAGGGUGCUACAGGUGAUAUCGGCUACGGAGGCUAUCCUGGUGAUGAAGGAGGACCGGGUGAGCGUGGGCCACCGGGUGUCAACGGGACACAAGGUUUCCAGGGAUGCCCUGGGCAGAGAGGAACAAAGGGGUCUCGUGGAUUCCCAGGAGAGAAGGGUGAACUAGGAGAAAUGGGCCUGGAUGGCAUUGAUGGAGAAGAGGGAGAUAAAGGUUUGCCAGGCUCCUCUGGAGAGAAGGGAUACUCCGGCAGGAGGGGUGAUAAGGGAAUUAAAGGUGAACAAGGAGAACGAGGUGAUCGUGGGCUCCGUGGAGAUCCGGGAGAUUCAGGAGCUGAUAAUACUCAGCGGGGAUCCAGAGGCCAAAAGGGUGAAAUUGGACCGAUGGGAGAAAUUGGACUCCCUGGGGCAAGCGGUCAAGACGGUGGAGUCGGAAGGAAGGGUAUGGCAGGACGAAGGGGACCGAUAGGAAUUAAAGGUACCAAAGGCUCACUUGGUCAAGCAGGGCCGGAUGGAGAACAAGGCAUGAGAGGGCCACAGGGUCCUCCUGGUCAGCUUGGCACACCAGGUCUGAGAGGAGAGCAGGGAGUUCCUGGGCCCAGGGGUGGUGGAGGCCCACUGGGAACACCAGGAGAGCGGGGCAGGAUUGGUCCCCUGGGAAGAAAGGGUGAACCUGGAAACCCUGGACCCAGAGGGCCAAAUGGGCAGCAGGGACCCCGAGGAGAGAUGGGUGAUGAUGGACGAGAUGGAAUUGGUGGGCCUGGUCCUACAGGCAGAAAGGGCGAACGAGGCUUCAUAGGCUACCCAGGCCCCAAGGGUUCACCUGGUGACCGUGGUGGUGUUGGAGGCCCUGGCCCUAAAGGAAACAGAGGCCGCAGAGGAAAUGCAGGAGACCCUGGGACACCCGGUCAGAAAGGAGAGGUUGGAUAUCCUGGACCGUCUGGACUUAAAGGUGAUAAAGGAGACUCCAGAGAUCAAUGCGCCCUUGUCCGGAACAUCAAAGACAAAUGCCCUUGUUGCUAUGGUCCCAAGGAGUGCCCCGUCUUCCCAACUGAGCUGGCGUUUGCUAUCGACACCUCCUCAGGCGUCGGGAGGGAAGUUAUCAACAGGAUGAAGCAAACCGUGCUCAGAGUGGUUAACAACUUAACCAUUGCCGAGAGCAACUGUCCCCGGGGUGCCCGGGUGGCACUGGUCACCUACAACAACGAGGUCACCACCGAGAUCCGCUUCGCUGAUGCCAGGAAGAAAUCAAGCCUCCUCCAGCAGAUUCAAAACUUCCAAGCAACCCUGACCACAAAACCCCGCAGCCUGGAGACUGCCAUGUCCUUCGUGGCCAGGAAUACCUUCAAGCGUGCCCGAAGCGGGUUCCUUAUGAGGAAGGUGGCUGUAUUUUUCAGCAACGGGGACACGAGAGCCUCCCCGCAGCUCAAUGAGGCAGUGCUGAAACUCUAUGAUGCCGGGGUCAUGCCUGUGUUCCUCACCAGCAGACAGGACCAGGCUCUCAUCAGAGCUCUGGAGAUCAACAACACGGCAGUUGGGCAUGCGAUCGUUCUUCCAACCAGCGGCAAUCAGCUGAAUGAAACUAUCAGGAGACUCUUGACUUGUCACAUUUGUCUGGAUGUGUGUGACCCUGACCCCAUCUGUGGCUUUGGUAUUCAGAGACCUGUGUUCAGAGACAGAAGGGCAGCCCCAACAGAUGUAGACACUGACAUAGCCUUCAUCAUGGAUAGCUCAGAGUCUACAACCCCUCUGCAGUUCAGUGAGAUGAAGAAAUACAUUUCCCACCUUGUAAGUAACCUGGAAAUCAGCUCUGAUCCAAAAGCAUCUCAGCACCAUGCAAGAGUUGCAGUUCUCCAGCAAGCUCCUUAUGAAUAUGAAACCAAUUCAAGCUUCUCACCAGUAAAAACGGAGUUUUCACUAACUGAUUAUGGAUCCAAAGAGAAGAUCAUUAAUUACCUGCACAAUCAAAUGACCCAGCUCUAUGGCACAAGGGCUAUGGGAAGUGCAAUUGAACACACAAUGGCUCAUAUUUUUGAAGCUGCACCAAACCCUCGGGAUCUAAAAGUCAUAGUUCUGAUGAUGACUGGAAAAGUGAAAAAACAGGAACUCGAGUACCUGCAAAGGGUUGUUAUCGACGCCAAAUGCAAAGGCUAUUUCUUUGUUGUCUUGGGAAUUGGCAGGAAGGUGAAUGCCAAGAACAUCUACAGCCUAGCCAGCGAGCCUAACGAUGUGUUCUUCAAGUUGGUUGAUAAACCAGGAGAGCUGCAUGAAGAGCCCUUACUACGCUUUGGGAGACUGCUGCCAUCUUUUAUCAGAAGUGACUUUGCUUUCUACCUAUCUCCAGAGAUAAGGAAGCAGUGUGAGUGGUUCCAGGGUGAUCAGCUAGCCAAGAACCUCAGUCACCCUGGGCACAAAGCAGUAUACGUGGCGCCCGACGUGACUAUAAGCAGAACUGCAAGUACCAGCACCCCAGUAACUGCCAGCGUCAAGCCUGUUGCAAAUACCAGCACCCGCACCAAAACCACCACCGCUGCAAGCACCACUGCCCAGACCAAAGCCCCAGCCCGGACCCCAGCGAGCACCACGGCCCAGGCGAACGCCACUGUACAGGCCACAGCAAGCACCGUGGUCCAGACCAAAGUCUCCAGCCGGGCCACGACAAACACCACCACAGGCAGUAGGAAAAGACACGCUGCAAAGACAAAUGACAUCCAGAUCGCAGAUAUCACUGAAAACAGUGCCAAGUUGCGCUGGGUCAGCCCGGAGCCUUCAAACUCUUAUAUUUUUGAUAUCACCAUCACCUUAGCACAUGACCACUCUCUAGUCCUGAAGCAAAACCUAACUGGCACUGAGUGCAUCAUCGGAGGCCUCAGGAGCGGACAGAAAUACCUUGUAGUUAUUACUGGCUACCAGAAAUCCCAGCCCAGAGUGACCUACACAGGAACAUUCAGCACAAAGACCCCGCCACAGUCCAAGAUAGCCCUGGCCAACAUGAUGCUGAACACUGAGCCGCUGGAAGGGCCUGAAAGUGAUUUGCCAGACCCUUGCUUGCUGGACUAUGACAUGGGCAUGCAGUGCAAGGACUAUCAGGUUGUGUGGUUCUUUGACUACAAAAACAAGAUCUGCAGCCAGGUUUGGUAUGGUGGCUGCGGUGGUAAUGCCAAUAGAUUUGAGACUGAAGCCGAAUGCAUUAGCAAAUGCUUGAAACCAUCAGCUGAGAAAGUAAUGCAGCCGCCACCCCUUGAGAAAAGAUUAUCAUCAGUCACAGAUAUCUGCCGGCUGCAAAAGGACGAGGGGACCUGCAGGAACUUCGUGCUCAAAUGGUACUACGACACCGAGACCAAGAGCUGCGCCAGGUUCUGGUACGGUGGCUGCGGAGGCAACGACAACAGGUUUAACACGCAGAAAGACUGUGAAAAAGUUUGCGUUCCUGGUACCAUUAACCCUGGCGCUGUGACGACAAUAGGAACAUAGAGGCAGCAACCUGCCAACACAUACCUCGGAGACAACCAGGAGCGUCGGCCGUUGCCACCUUACCCCUGUAGAAGCUAAGGGUAUAGACUACCUUGCACUGUACUAUUUCAUGCUUUUACCUUCCAAGCAAACCUUGAAGAAAGUGUUUUGCUGCAUGACCUAUCAAUAUGGUGCUAAACUGUUUGUGGACUGAGUGCUACAUGUGUCCGGGUUAUAUUGUAUAGCUUCAACAUUACAAAAUAUUUACCUAAUUGCAGAUUGUUAUUGUGUCUCCACAUGUCUCUAAAUUACCCUUUCUUUCUGAUUCCGGCAGUCUGCCUAUCUAAGGCGAUGUAAAAAUUAGAAAAAAAAAAUCAUAAUAAUAAUUUCACUGCAACUGUUACAUGCUUGCUUUUAUCAUUUUCAUAACUGAGCAUAACUUUUCAUGGAAAGCCUUUGUGUAAGAGAGUAGCUAAUUCUGAUAAACAAGCGGUUCAAUUUUUCAUUCUUUUGUUUUUUCCUUUUGCUGGAUUAGAUUUCAAACUAGAUUUCUUGUAUGCAUUUGUACCAUAUGUGGCCAACCAAACUAGCAAGGAAAAGGAAGCAAGGUUUCUGAAUGCAAAUGCACUGCUGGGACCAAGGCCUCAGUUAAAGAAUUUUUAAAUUGUGGUGUAGAAUGUCUCUGGCAUUUUUCUAAUUUUGUAUGUUUUAUAAAAUACAAA